GAUUCCAGUGCAUAUCCAGUGUAUAUAAAAACGUAACUAAAUUAAUUUGAUGUCCGAGUAUCUGACUUUCAGUAACAAUAAGUGUAAUCACCUUAAUGUAUCAAUCGCGUGGUAUUGCUGACGCAGGCUGUUGCAUAUUGUAACGAGUUAUCUAGUUAUUCUGUUGUUUUAAAUUGUUUAACCAAUCGUGUGUAUUUAUAAAAUUCGUACUUGUAUAGAUUUGAUAUUAGACCAUGGGGGAAACGUGUCUGAAUGACCGCACGAUGUCGCCAGAGAGAUUUACAGUCGCUUCCGUUGGAUGAAGUCAGUACUUCAGUACUUUUCCGGUUGGUACGGUCUUCUUAGACUUUUACGAUCCGCAUCCCAACAAGUGGAUUUAUGGAAACAACUUUAUUAGGCUGGGCGGCAUACUUCGAGUAUAAAUCUCUUGUCGGAUUCAGCCUGAGUGAACAUAACCCUUAAACUAUGAUAGAUGUCAGAAGAACAUAAAUAUUUGCAGAAGGACAACAUUUCAGGUUGACGCAAAAAGGAAAGGGAUUUUGAACAGACGCAUUCAGAUGGGGGAGGUGAGGAAACUCCAGAAGAAGUUGAGGCAGAUUGAGGACCUGGAGAUCAAAGCUGACCUCACUCCGGAAGAAAGAGUAAAGGUCUCGAAGAAGGUGGAGCUACGCACCAGGCUGGCCGAACUGCUGCACCACUCAGGCUCCCAGCAAACCCAGUGCAUUGUGGGAGAAGAGGAGGGUAACAUGAAAAGACAAGUUUCUUGUGUGUGCGGACGUAGGGAGGAGGGGGCGGAGGCUUGUUUGGCGGACCCUCCUAUGGCGAAGGCAGCACGGGAAGAUGAGGUGAAGGAUGAAGGAAGAGGAGAAACACAUCACCUCCCAGCCACUGCGGCCUCCACCGAUCCAGACGCUGAGUUCAGAGCUCUCAAAGCAUCCUGGGAAAAAGUCAAGUUUCGUCUUAGGACUCUAGAAGGUCACAGUGACAUCAUCACCUGCGUGGCAGCUGUGGACAACUUUGUCAUUUCUGGCAGCCGUGACACCACAGUUAAGGUGUGGCAUGUUCCCACGGCAACAGAGCAGCACAACCUAGGAGGUCACCGUGGCGGGGUCACCUGCCUCAGCGUACCACCUGCUGAGUACUGCAGGAGACUAGCAACUGUGCUGCGUCUGGCCGACGGCGAGAGGUUGGUGCUCAGCGGCUCCGCCGACUGCUGCAUGCGGACAUGGACUCUGAGCUCCGGCCAGUGCGUGAGAUCCGUCUACACAUUCAAUGCCGUCGCGAGCCUCUGUUUUGUAGCAGAGGGGGAGGGCUACGCUGUGACAGGCUCAGAUGCUGGGAAACUGCAGGUGUGGGGCUGGCGCGAUCAGGAGAACUGUCAGUCGGUCAACGCACACUCAGACGCCGUCGACGCACUACAGUCCCAGGGACCUCUGCUGUUCAGCGGCUCCACCGAUGGCAGCAUUUGUGUGUGGGAGAUGCAGCACCAAGGGGCAGAGCCUCUCCGCCCGCUUCGGCGCUGGGGGCCGGAAGUCACAUGCUGCGUCGGCGGCGGCGAUGUCGGCGGGAGGCUGCGUCUCAGCGCUCGCGGCGACCGCGUUUUCCUGGCCUGCGGAAGAGCCACCAUCCGCGUCCUCGACUGGCAGACAGGCACAGUGAGACGAUUAACCAAUCACAGUAGCACUGCUGGGGUGACGGAUUGUGUCAAUCAAAUACCAGGUGUUCUAAGUGGCUCCUGCUUUGAUCUCACCACCGGAGAGAGUACUCUCAACUUGUUUUCUCUUCCUGAGUGCAGGUACCUCAUUUCUCUCAGCAGUUCAGAUUUACCCAGAAUCUUUUGCUUUGCGGCGUGGCUCACACCAAGCGGGGGUCAUCGCUGGGUCACCGGCGGCCGUGAGCUCAUCGUCUGGGAACAGCUUCCAGAUAAUGCCAAAAGAGUUGAUGUCAGCGUAAGAUGUGACAGCCGAUUGGAUGGUUUGCUUGCGGACUCCGACAGAGACUCGUCGGAGGAGAGUGAGACAGACGAUGGUGAAGACCACAAUCCAAAACACUCAUCAGACACAGAAGAGGCAGCUGGUUCCUCAUGGCUACGCUGUGUUCUUCAGUGAGAGAUAGAAAGAGAGAGAGAGAGUGAGAGAGAGAGAGAGCAAGCGAUAGAGCGAGAGCGUGU